AUGUUUUCCAAGAUCGAGGACAAACCAGAUGCUUCCUGGCCUCCACCCCCAGGUGUCUACGCCGCGGCUCAGGACUACAGCGACAAACGACAGCUGGAAGCUCCCAAAGUCUUCGUGCCUCCACCUGACCUCGAGUACCACAACGGGAAGCCCUCUUUCAGAGUUCGUGUGUCUCCAUUCACUUACAGCGCUACACACUAUGGCAAUCCGGAUUUCCUGGCUGCGUUGGUCAACAGUCACAAGCUGGACUUGACCCACUCGAUGCUCAUUUGGCAAUACGAGAUGCGCAGGAGUGCCCAACAUAUCCUCCCGUUCUUGCUGCUGGGUCCCAGUAGCUCUGCCAAGGAUCCUGUCUUUUUAAAGCAGACAGGCAUCACUCUCCUUGUCGCAGUCCGCUCUACCAGAUCGUUGCUAACGAGACCGACUUUCCUCGAUCCUGCGAGUUUUCCUUCGAGCGCGGGACGAGCGACUUUGACUUUGGAUUUCGACCACCCGCGCGAGUUUAUUCCACUUGUCAAGUCGACUGUUCGGGCGAUCAAUGACCAUCUCGAGUCUUCAUGCGUCAGCACCCCAGUCCAAGACAUUGACGAUGUCCGCGGCAAGGUUCUCGUCUUCUGUGAGUCUGGAAAUGAGCGAUCUCCGUUAUUGGUAGCGGCAUACUUGAUGAUUGUUUACGGAGUGGACGCGACUGUUGCCAUCCAUAUCAUCCAGUCGCAGCGCUUCUGUAUCGGUCUAUCAGACGAAAUGAAGAAUGUCCUCCUGGAUUUGCAAGCAAUCACCCGAGCCGAACGUCAAGUCUCCAACUCAGACGCUGGCGCAUCAAGCCACGGCGACAAUGAUGUGCCUCCAACCAGAAAACUUGGGAAGCGGAGCUUAGAUGAAUUCUACGACGCCGACGAGAAUAUGGAAUGCGAUUCCGAGCACAUAUACGGUGCUCGUGCUCGGGAAGGGGUGGCCCCGUUUGUGGACGUCUUCGAAUGA